CGCCGACUCAAAGUCAUUAGAAUAUUAGAGUCAGACAGACUUAGCCUUAGGAUUACUCGCGUUCACAGUGGUCAGAGAAAAUAACAACCAAAGAGCUUCCUUUCCCAUUUCCCUGGCUUUACAGUGUUCCGUCACUGAUGCUUGACUUCCACCGAUGCGGGACAACUUCUGACAUUCGUUUAAUGAACCUUUUUCUGUUUCGACAUUCUGUUGUACCUUGUCAGUCCAUUCCGGAUGCUGUAUCUGAGAAAACCUAUGAGAGUAAUAAUAACAUUCUCUAUUUAGCCCAGUUUUUUCAGACCUUAAGUUUUAUAAAAACCUGUUUGCAUUAUUUUAUUAUUUAAUCAUGCUGGUGAGCAUGCGACGACAUAGUCUGCGGCUGCAGCACCAACUCCAUCGGUGGAGCAUAUGUGAUACCGGUAGCCACCUUUUCUCAGACAGCUUCGCGCCUCAAACCUGCAUGUCCCGAUCCAAGUCCUGUACGAACUCUGCGGGGGAGUCCGAUGGGGGCCGCGAUAGCUGGUCCUCCUCAGACUCAACAGACUCUAUAAUCUCUACUGGAUCUACCGAAAAAUCCAGGGGCAGCUCGAGCCCGUUUCGCGUGGUAUUGAUGGGCGCCAGCGGAGUUGGUAAAACCGCGAUUGCCAGCAUCUUCGCCGGAGCGGUGGACAGCAUGGACUGUGACGAGGUGUACGCAGAUGAAGUGUGUGAACAGACCAUCAUGGUGGAUGGAGAGAAAGCUAUGGUCACUCUAUUGGACGCCUGGGAUUCAGAGGAUGAGUUAGGAUGUUCUCAGGACCAGUGUAUUCAGGAAGGUGAUGCAUACCUGCUGGUCUAUUCUAUAACUGACCGGUCCUCCUUCCUGCGAGCCUCAGAGCUGCGUAUAUCCAUCCGCCAACACCGCCCCGCCCAACACACACCAAUCAUCCUGGUGGGAAACAAGUGUGACCUGGUCCGCCGUCGAGAGGUGUCCAUAUCUGAGGGCCGUGCGUGUGCUGCUGUGUUUGACUGUAAGUUCAUCGAGACUUCUGCGGCAAUGCAACACAACAUCUGGCCGGCAUUCCACGGCAUUGUACAGCAGUUACGACUACGAAGAGACACCAAGGAGAACAAUGACCGCCGCAGACGCACACACUCACACACUCGCCGCGACAGCUUGCCCAAGAAGGCAAAACGCUUCCUGAACAAGAUGGUGGCCAUGAACAAUACCCACGCUGCAUUUCGUCUGAAGUCCAGAUCCUGCCAUGACCUCUCAGUGCUCUAAAACCCAUGACACCAACCCCACUGAAGUCUACAUUAGACUGACCCCUCAAAGCUGCCCCCCCCCCCCCCUCCAGCCUCUGUGAUGGUCUGGAGAAUCAACCAAAGGAUGUGAAGCAUUUGGACACUCAGCCUUUGUCCAAUAGAAAGAGACCAUGGAGUAAAAAGGAAAAGCGUGGAUUGUUGAACAAUUGGUGUCCUCUAAUAAUUUUAGGGUCAUCAAAGUUGUUCAUUUCUUUCUUGUUCUCCAUCCCUUUGACUUUCCUCUGUCUGUGCCGUCCCUCUUUAAUUUCCUUCAUUCUGAAGUGCAUUAUUUAAGCAACUUAAGCCUUUUGAUCUUUCUGGGUGGUUUUGUACAUUGUCCUAUCUGUCCAGUUAUGUGACAACAUUCAGUAUUAAUCUUGUUUAUGUUUUUUCCAUGUUGUGUUGUUUUCAUUUUAACUGAAACCUCAGUAUUUACAAAGGGAAUAAAGUCCUUAUUGUCCUUAAUGUCA